AUGGUCCGCAUCAAGCAUCGCUACCUACUAGUCGACAUCCUCUACCCAGAACCCUCAUCAGCAGCAACAAUAACAACAGCAUCCUCCCUCCCACAACAUCUUCGCUUCCACCCUCCAACACCAGAUACGUUAAGCUCAAGUGUUCUGGCACGACUACUACGCGACACCGUGUCAGAUUUAUUCGGUGAUUAUGGGGUGGGGAAGCUAGGGGGAGCUUCGACGGUCAAAUAUUUAUCCCCCGCGACAUCGACUGUGAUCAUACGGUGUCCUCGCGCCGCGUAUAGAUUGGUCUGGGCCGCGCUUACGUAUAUCAAUUCCAUACCUGCGCCGGCUCCUUCUGCUUCAGCAAAGAAAGCGGAUACGGUGAGAAGUGCGGUGUUUAGGGUUGUGAGGGUCUCGGGAACUAUGCGUAAGGCGGAGGAGGAGGCUAUUAGGAGGGCGAGGAGGGAGAUUGGGAGGACGAAACGCGGGUAUGAUGGGUUGGAGGGUUUGUUUGGUAGGGAUGCUGUUUCUGGGGACAGGGAGAAGGAUGACGAGGAUGAUGAUGGGGCUGUGUUUGGGAUGGAUGUUGAUGACGAGGAGGAAGAUGACGAGGACGAGGAUUAA